AGCAGGCCGAACGAGAGGAGUCGUGGUGGUGCAGGCAUUGUGUGGGCCACGGCAUCUUUCGACUGUAUAAUUCCAAAAAUCCUCUUUGCUCCUGGCUACUGAUCAAUUAUCGAUUAGUAUUGAUUCGAGGAUGAAGUCCGUAUUGUUGCUGUGUUCGUUGUUAGUCGUCGUUUCGAGCACAGUUCCGAAAUUUCGCGAGAAGAAACCGCGAUGCGAACGGAUCGACUAUGAAUUAUGUCGUGAUCUACCGUAUAAUCUUACUGGAUUCCCCAAUCUAGCCGGUGAAGAAUCCGGACGAGAUGCGCAGGAUACAUUGGCAUCCUUCCAACCGCUUAUCAAUAGUCAGUGCAGCGAGCAACUACGGUUUUUCCUGUGCUCUGUGUAUUUUCCGAUGUGUAACGAAAAGAUUCCUCAACUCAUAGGCCCUUGCCGACCGUUGUGCGAGUCCGUACGAGAUAAAUGUCUGCCUUUACUGAAGGAUUUUGGAUUUUCGUGGCCAACACAAAUUGACUGCAACAAGUUCAUAUUGGAAAACAACAAUGAAGAUAUGUGCAUGCGCGGACCAAAUGAGGAAGGUGUGAUUGCUAAAACACCGGAGGAAGAAAAAGAAGAUUGUCCACCUGAGCAUAUUUAUGUAAAUCGUAGUGGCCGUUGUAUACCCAUUUGUGCUGCUGGUCAGGGUAUAAAACAGAGUGACAGAGAAUCUGCCUCCACUGCUCUUUUUGUUCUGUCAAUCAUCAGUUUGGUAGUGACAGCCAUAUGCGUUUUGACAUUUGUCAUGAGACGUCACUGUCUCACGGCCUUACCGGAGACGAGUUUACUGUGGACAGCGCUUUCAUUUGCGCUAAGUUCGAUUGUCUACCUCUUUAGUCUGCUAUACCGGGAACAGAUCUCAUGCACUGAUUAUUCUUCUCAUCUCCUUUUCGUUGUCGGUGAUUUCCCUCAUACUCCAUGUGCUUGUGUAUCUGCUCUUUUGUACUACUUUGGAACGGCGGGCCGUUUAUGGUGGUUGGUACUUUGCUGCACUUGGAACCAGCAAACGACAAGAUCUGGAAAUUUGGAGAAAUAUCGCGCUCAAAUUCAAAUGCUUGCCUGGGCCUCGCCACUGGGUUUGGUACUGUUUGCCCUCAUGGCAAGAAGCACUGGAGCCGACCCACUAAGCGGAAUUUGCGUAGUAGGAGCUGCUAGCAGGGUGUUGGACGGAGUAUUCAAUCUUUUCCGUGAUCUAGUCUUCGUUAUCGCCUGUUGUAUACCGUUACUCGUCGGCUUCCGGGUAAUGCUCACAACUCCGCAGGCGAAUUAUGGCACGGGUCUUGAAGGAGCACUUUACCCAGCUGCUGCAAUAUUUUACAUGCUUGCCUUUGUCAACGAUGCUUGGCAGCCAAGUUUGCAUUGGACUCAUAGUUGGAAUGUUGUGUCUGCAAUGAGGAUACUCAUUGACCCAAUCUUAGGAGUUCUGGCAGCUUCGGCUUGUCUUUUGCAUAUCAUAGUGAAUCUAUGCCGUGCUAUCAGAUCUCCCGUAGCUGACAAAAAUGGCUAUCAGCCGGCCGUUCCACGCAUUCCACAACCGGCUAUUCCAGUCAGCGUUCGUUCGCACAACACCUAUGCUACAACCACUCAACGAUUGCCAAUCUGCUAGUGAUCUCGUCAUGUUCACUCAUUUUAUUGUCUUAUUGAUUUAUUGAUUAGUGUUCUGUUCCGGCAUUGACAUGACAUGUGUACAUAGUAUUAUCCGUAAUUUAUAUAUGUUGUGUGUGUAUUUCUAUGCUCGUGAGAAAACAAAUGGUGCUUUUAAUUUGCUUCAUUGACGCAUGCAGAGUUUUACCUAUGACGUCACUUUCGGAUCAAUAAAUGUUUAUAUG